CGCCCUGCGUUCCCCUGGCUUGGUUGGUCAGGGCUUCCAGGGGCCGAUGAACGCUGGGGAAACUGGAUUCAGAGUGUCUCUUCUUGCCUUUCGCAGGAGGAAGCUGUGGACACACUCCAAGGUCGGGAAGGUAGUAGUGGGGGGCUCUUUCUCUCCAGAGUCCUGGGUCACCGCGUCCCUACCCAACUCAGACUCCCUGAACCUCACAGGAGACUCUCUAGGAUUGGAAGUUGUUAUGGCAACGAGGCUCUCAGAAUACUGAGGAAAGCCAAAGCCUAGAGAGGCAACACCCUCCUGUAUCCCCCCUUCCGACCCACGAGUAAAGUGGCGCCCCCUACGCACAGACACCGUCCUUGGGCCCCCGCUCCGGCGAGGAGACCACCCUGGACCUCCGGGGGCGGGAGGCCGCUCUGGCCCCAAUCAGAGCUUCUCGCUGGUAGACGGGCCCGAGGGAGCCCCUCUGGGCGCAGCGCCGCCGAGCUGCUCGAUGCUCCGACCGGAAGUGCUCUUCACCGCCGACCUCCCACCCGGCUCUCUGGUCCCGGCGGUAAGAUGGCGGCUGCCGCGGAGUGCGAUGUGGUAAUGGCGGAGACCGAGCCAGAGCUGCUAGACGACGAGGAAGCGAAGAGUCCUACGCCUUUGACAUCUCAUCCUUCAGUCCCUUUGCUGUAAGGGCAACUUGAACAAGCUUCAGCCCUUUCUCAGACUCCCAGGCAGGACUUGAAUGGAUUUGACCCUGGAAUUGUUCCUGAUGCAGCCUUGUUCAGUUCUUGCUGCUGCCAUGCUGGAUUCCAAAGAUCCACUCUUUCCUCGGCUGGUCUCGCAGGGGAAGCAGAGUCUUUCAAGGAACAAGGAAAUGCAUACUAUGCCAAGAAAGAUUACAAUGAAGCUUAUAACUAUUAUACAAAAGCCAUAGAUAUGUGUCCUAAAAACGCUAGCUAUUACGGGAAUCGAGCAGCCACCUUGAUGAUGCUCGGAAAGUUCCGGGAAGCUCUCGGAGAUGCACAGCAGUCAGUGAGGUUGGAUGACAGUUUUGUUCGGGGACAUCUACGAGAGGGCAAAUGCCACCUAUCUCUAGGGAAUGCCAUGGCGGCACGUCGUAGUUUCCAGAGAGCCCUAGAACUGGAUCACAAAAAUGCUCAGGCACAACAGGAGUUCAAGAAUGCUAAUGCAGUCAUAGAAUAUGAGAAAAUAGCAGAAACGGAUUUUGAGAAGCGGGAUUUUCGGAAGGUUGUUUUUUGCAUGGACCGUGCCCUAGAAUAUGCCCCUGCCUGCCAUCGCUUCAAAAUCAUCAAAGCAGAAUGUUUAGCAAUGCUGGGUCGUCAUCCAGAAGCACAGUCUGUGGCCAGUGACAUUUUACGAAUGGAUUCCACCAAUGCCGAUGCUCUAUAUGUACGAGGUCUUUGCCUUUAUUAUGAAGAUUGUAUUGAGAAGGCGGUUCAGUUUUUUGUCCAAGCUCUCCGGAUGGCUCCUGACCAUGAGAAGGCCUGCGUCGCUUGCAGAAAUGCCAAAGCACUUAAAGCAAAGAAAGAAGAUGGGAAUAAAGCAUUUAAAGAAGGAAAUUACAAGCUAGCAUAUGAACUGUACACAGAAGCCCUGGGGAUAGACCCCAAUAAUAUAAAAACAAAUGCUAAACUCUACUGUAAUCGGGGUACGGUUAAUUCCAAGCUUAGGAAACUAGAUGAUGCAAUAGAAGACUGCACAAAUGCAGUGAAGCUUGAUGACACUUAUAUAAAAGCCUACUUGAGAAGAGCUCAGUGUUACAUGGACACAGAACAGUAUGAAGAAGCAGUACGGGACUAUGAAAAAGUAUAUCAGACGGAGAAAACAAAAGAACACAAACAGCUCCUAAAAAAUGCACAGCUGGAACUGAAGAAGAGUAAGAGGAAAGAUUACUACAGGAUUCUUGGAGUAGACAAGAAUGCCUCUGAGGAUGAGAUCAAGAAAGCUUAUCGGAAACGGGCCUUGAUGCACCAUCCAGAUCGGCACAGUGGAGCCAGUGCUGAAGUUCAGAAGGAGGAGGAGAAAAAGUUCAAGGAAGUCGGAGAAGCUUUUACCAUACUCUCUGAUCCCAAGAAAAAGACUCGAUAUGACAGUGGACAAGACCUGGAUGAAGAGGGCAUGAAUAUGGGUGAUUUUGAUGCAAACAAUAUCUUCAAGGCAUUCUUUGGCGGUCCUGGGGGCUUCAGCUUUGAAGCAUCUGGUCCAGGGAAUUUCUUUUUUCAAUUUGGCUAAUGAAAGGAAACCACCCGGAGCCCAGAAAAUGCAGACUUGCUCAGUUUAACCUCGAAUGUGGACACAGUUCACCUCCUCCCUUCAUUAUGAUCCACGUACUUAGAGCAGUUUCAUUUUCUCAGCUGGAUACCCGGUGUCUGUGUGAGUGGGGUGAAGGAAAGGGAGCCAGCGCCGAAGACUGCGGGUAGGGGAGGGAGGUGGGGGGUGGACAGGGCAGCUUGUGAAUUUUUGUUUUACUGUUUAACUUUAUUA